AAAUGUGAGGGGUGUACUCACUUUUGUGAGAUACUGUAUCUUGCCCCUUGACAGGUGCCAUUGUAACAAGAUAAUCAAUGUUAUUUACUUCACAUGUCAAUUGUUUUAAUGUUGUGGCUGAUCGGUGUAUGUGUCUACUGAUUUCUUUAGCUGCUUUACAUUCAGGCAAUAUGACAUUUCAGCAAUUGUUUAAGGGUUUUUAUCUUAGCCAAUAUCUCAGAUACUGGAUAGAUAGGUUCAAGUUCUUUUUGAAACUUUUGGACGCAUCAUCAUGAAUAGCUUUUGUUUUUUAUGUUGAUUGUUCAAAUGAAUAAAAUAGACUGCCUCCUUGCUAGCUAGUAAUGUGCGAUUUGUUGUCAGAUGUCUGUUAAGUAUGCUUGGAACUAUUGCAUGAUUUGAAAGUUUUUCCCCAAACGCCAAACACGUAGAGGGAUGGCACAGUGACUCUCCAAUGUAGGUGAAACUAUAUGCCAGGUAGCUUUCAAUCAUACUGCCUUCUUACCGACUUUUUCUUACAGCUACCCUCAACUAUCCAAUCGGGAUUGCUACAAAGGGGUGAAGGUUCAGAAUCAGAAGUAGAAGAGUUCAUUCUUUUCAGAAAACAUAUUGGAUCAGGGGUGUCUCUCUUCUCACUCCACUUAGACUACUCGUAUCUACAGUGGUGCUUAAAAGUUUGUGAACCCUUUAGAAUUUUCUAUAUUUCUGCAUAAACCUAAACAUAAUCAGAUUUUCACACAAGUUCUAAAAGUAGAUAAAGAUAACCCAAUUAAACAAAUGAGACCAAAAAUUAUACUUGUUCAUUUAUUUAUUGUGAAAAAUUAUCCAAUAUUUUAUAUCCGUGAGUGGCAAUGUGAACCUUUGCUUUCAGUAUCUGGUGUGACCCCUUUGUGCUGCAAUAACUGCAACUAAACAUUUCUUAUAACUGUUGAUUAGUCCUGCACAACGGUUUGGAGGAAUUUUAGCCCAUUACUCAGUAUAGAACAGCUUCAACUCUGGGAUGUUGGUGGGUUUCCUCACAUGAACUGCUUGUAUCAAGUUUAUCCACAACAUUUCUUUUGGGGUAAGGUCAGGUCUUUGACUUGGCCAUUCCAAAACAUUAACUUUAUUAUUCUUUAACCAUUCUUUGGUAGAAUGACUUGUAUACUUAGGGUCGUUGUCUUGCUGCAGGACCCACUUUCUUUUGAGAUUCAGUUCAGAAAUAGAUGUCCUGACAUUUUCCUUUAGAAUUUGUUCAUUUGUUCAUGACAUUUUCAUGAUAUAACUCAGAAUUCAGUGUUCCAUCAAUGAUGACAAGCUGUCUAGGCCCAGAUGCAGCAAAACAGGCCCAUACCAUGAUAUGCUUAUGCUGGAAUGCAGUGUUUUUCUUUCUCCAAACAUAAUACUUCUCAUUUAAACCAGAACUUUUGUUUUGUUCUCAUCUCUCCACAAAACAUUUUUCCAAUAGCCUUCUGACUUGUCCACGUGAUCUUUAGCAAACUGCAGAAGGGCAGCAAUGUUCUUUUUGGAGAGCAAUGGCUUUCUCCUUGCAACCCUGCCAUGCACCAUUGUUGUUCAGUGUUCUCCUGAUGGUGGACUCAUGAACAUUAACAUUAGCCAAUGUGAGAGAGGCCUUUAGUUGAUUAGAAGUUACCCUGGGUUUCUUUGUGACCUUGCAACCAUUACACAUCUCACUUUUGGAGUGAUCUUUGGUGGUUGAACACUCCUGGGAAGGGUAACAAUGGUCGUGAAUGGCCCGAUGAGCAUCAACAACUCCUGUGUUUUUUUUUUUUCUUUUUUCUUUUCUUCUGAGGUCCUCAGAAAUCUAAUUUGUUUGUGCCAUGAUACAGUUCCACAAACAUGUGUUAUGAAGAACAGACUGAUAGACUGUUCUUUAAAUAAAACCGGGUGCUUAAUCACACCCGAUUGCCAUCCCAUUGAUUGAAAACACCUGACUCUAAUUUCAACUUCAAAUUAACUGCUAAUCCUAGAGGUUCACAUACUUUUGCCACUCACAGAUAUGUAAUGUUUGAUCAUUUUCCUCAAUAAAUAAAUGACUGAGUAUAAUAUUUUUGUCUCAUUUGUUUAGUUGGGUUCUCUUUGUCUAUUCUUAGGACGUGUGAAAAUCGUGCAAAAUUCUAAAAGGUUCACAAACUUUCAAGCAUUACUGUAGAUUAGCAUUUAUAAACUGGGUCUCCAGUCUCAAAAAAUAGCAAAAAAACAAUGUGAUAUUGCGUUCUGCGCUGUUAAAUAAAUUUUAUACUGGGUAUUUAAUGAGGUGAUCUGCAUUUUAAUGACAUUUAUUUACUGAUGUCAUGGCAAUUUGGUUGGGAAAGACUGGCCUUGAAUUCCAGCAUGCUGUUGUUCAUCAUCUGUCUCUCUACAUCUGAUUUGCCUCAACUGUUUGUACUAAUGAGGGUCUUCCUUUUUGUUGAGGUGCCAUAGCCCCCACUGAACUGAAGCAUUCUGAUCUGCUGAUUUUUGUGCCUGUAAGGAAUUUAUCCUUUAUAUUUAUCAUUUAUCCUUUGACUACUGGAUCCUCUGCAGACCUCAGGAGUCUUUGGCUACUCAUUAGUGUAAUGGUAUAGAAAUUCUGGAUCAGAUAACCAUGCCUCAAUCUGCAAAAAGACAUACAUUUUCUGUCCUCUUGAUGCAGUUUUUAGCAGUUUCUAUGUAGUUCCACCGUUCACCAUCUGAAUCGUUUGGUAUUAAUAAUUGUGACUCGGUUCACGACAAAUGUUUGGAACCUCAUGCUUUCUGUCCAGAAACUGAGCUCACAAAUGUCAACUACAAGUCCUUCCUGAACACCUAGUCCAUCUUUAUGGCAACUGCAGCUGCUCUAAGCACCAUCUGAGGGAUUAUACAUGGUGCAGCUGUAGCUCAUGGUGUCAUGAAUGCACAAUUCGCUUGAUUUCUCUGGUUUUUCAGAACGAGUUCACUCACUCUGUCAUAUGCAUUUUUGCUAACAUCUGCAAAGUGGUGAAGCUGUCCAAAUGGCACUUUUACAAAAUUUGUAGGUUUAAUUACAUCAGCUAUAUUUGAAUUAUUAAAGUCAAUGAAACGUUAGCCAAACCAUCCACUUAUGUAUGACUCUCAUAUGUAAUUAUCCCACCUUGUCUUGGGCCUGCAGGAUUCUUUUUGCAGGCAAAACCAGAGGAUAAAGCCAAAAGCCGAAAAAGCCCAAAGGUUCAUAGAGCUAAUAACUGAGAUCAGUGAAAGAACUUUCUGACUGUUGCUUGUCCAUUAACAAGAUGAAAUUCUCCUUUGGCACACAAUUCUCUCAGGAUGUUUGACCACUGAAUACCUGCUACUUGUAUUCAGACAAAGAAUCAUUUAAAAAAAAAAUCAUUAAUUUUUUAAGAACUCUGUAUACAGUGUUUGCCCUGUAUAUUGCUUUAUUGUCCUCAACAGAUUUUUGGAGUGUAAAACUCAUUCAACAUGGUGAGGAAGAAGCACUAAACUAAUUUACAACCAUUUUGUAUUCCACCAAGUCUCCAGUGCAGUCACCAUUAGACCGCCAUAAGGCCUGUGGGUCUGAAUCUUCAUUGUGGACAGCUACACCCUCUACAUCGGCCAUAAUAUCCACAGGUUCCUGUCUGAAUGGCUUUGACAAGCAAGCUGGUGAGCUCCAGGCCUUAAAAGUUGCUCUACAGUCAAACAUGACAUUCAACUUCUGCUUGACAAGAUGGUAUAUGCCAUGGUAAGGUCUAGACCAUAUACUUCCAUCUGAUCUUUCUUCUUUGGAUUUUUUAUGAACUUCCCCUUGAGUUUAAGUACUUAUUUUUCAGUCAUCUUUUCAUUAUCAGGUAUGCAGUCAUAUUCUUUGAAGUUAAACACAAGCUAAUAAUGUCCCUGAGUUAGCUGAUUAUGACACCAUCUCCAUAAACUGAUCAUCUUCCUUAGAUAUUUUGUCAUCCCUUUCAGCUUCUAAAAAAUCCUGUUUCUACCACAAUUUCUCAGAUAUGUGAUUUGUAGUCACUUGAAAGCUCCUUCCCUUUUUAAUAUUGAUAGCAAUGUUUCUGAAAGGUUCAUUCACUCUCACUCCCAGCACCAUUCUCUGCAAAAAAGGUUGACUGUUUUCACUCAACCAACCUGCCAGGAUUCUAUCACUUUGGUUAUAUUAGCUCCAUUGAGCAGUCCAACAUCUGCGUUUAAUUCAGGGAGAUAAACUACCUUGAGGUAUGGCUAGUUUUUCACCUCAUACUGCCACACAAUCAUUCUGCAAGUAGAAUCAUUUGUACAACCUUCCGGUCAGUAGCCCAGUGCCUUUAACUACUCAGCUACCACUAACAUCUUUGCUUUUUAUGAGGGUUCAAAUCACUUUUUACCAUCAGGCUGUUUUUUAUGUUUCCAAACACUGAGUGAAGAAAAAGUUUCACUAGUUUGUAUUUGAAAUUUGUUCAACUUCACAUCAACUCUACUUUGCUCAUGGGUUUCGCAAACAACUAUACUCCAAUUUCCUCUUAUAUUGUAUCUCUUCCACAUAAUUGAUAUCUGCCAUAACAUUACAGUAUUGUACAAAAAAAGACUCAUUCCCUGUGUUGCUCUACAGUAUCCUCUUGCUGGCUCCAUAUGCAAACAGCCUUAAAUCUGUUUGAUCUUAUCCAGAGUGAGUUACAGAAGUGCUUUGAAGUCUCUUUCAAAACACAUCCUCUUUCUAGUUCACUAGGUCUAGCAUUAAAGGUACCAUCAAUCUAAAACACUGUUGGGUAAUUAUUAUAGUAUUAAUAACACAAGACAAGGACUUUUUAAGUAACAAAUUUAAGUACUUGGUGAAUGGUACUGGGAAUAUAAUAAGUCUUCACAUCCCUGUGAAAAUGGCAGGUUUUGUGAUGCAUUACAAGCAGAAGAUGCUUUAACAAAGUACAAGUUAAAUCAGGAUAUUGUAAUUUUGGGCUUACGAUUUUAACGGCUGUGUAGACUUUCUAUAUCCACUGUAGGUCUUUAAUCUUUAUUUGAAGAUAGGUAGUGACCUAAAUGUUUGGACAACCAGGGGAUGUUAAUUCCUCCACCUCAUUGUCAGCAUAAAGAAGAGGCUUGAUGCAUGCCUUCCUUGUACUCUGAGAGAUGGUGGGUCCAAACAAUCUGUGCUGGAGGAUUGUAGGGACUGGGGAGUAGAGCAGAUUAUGAUAAAUGCUUUAAGGUUGGUCGGCACUGUUCCUUUUUUCUCUUUGUAGGCAUGCAUCAGUGUUACCAAUAUGAUGCGAGCGGGUACAGGAAAAUAGUGGAGGGAGCAUAGAAAUGGAGUAAUGUGGUAGAACUUGGAGAGGUUGAAAACAUGUUGUGCAGCUGCAUUCUGGAUUAGUUGCAGAGGUUGAAUAGUGUACAGGGGCAGACUUGAUAGUGCUGUAAUUCAGUCACAUAAUGACAAAGGACUGAACAAGCACCUUAGUGGCUCAUGUGGUUGGAAAUGGCCAGAUCCUCCUGAUGUUGUAGAGGAGGAAACAGUCUGAGCAAGUCAGACGCAAGAAGUACAUUUGGUUGUCCAUGGUCACCCAGGGCUUUGUGCAGUGACAGAUGGUGAGAUCUGAGAGUUGUCCAGGGACAAACCUGAGGUUCAGUUGAGUGUCAUUGGCAUAGCAAUGGUAUGAAAUCCAAAGUAAGGAUAUGACAUCACCAAGAGAGCGGGUAUAGAGAAAGAACAGAAGGGGACCCAGCACUGAGCCUUGUGGGACACCACUGGAGACUCUUUGUGUAGUAAAUGUGAAUUCCCUCCAUGACACUUGAUGUGAGCAUCCCUCCAGUUAGGACGCAAACCGUGUCUUGCUGCAUCAUGAAUUCCAAGAUUCAUGAGUCUUGUGAUUGACCGUGUCAAGGGCAGCUGAAAUGUCGAGGUGGAUUAAGACUGACUGUUUGUCUGGUCAAGCAGCAUGAAUCUAAUCAGUAAUGGCCACUAGAGCAGUUUCUGUGGAGUGUGCCACAGAGGAUUGAAAUCGGCCAGUAGGUGCUGAUGUCCAAGGUAUCCAGAGUGGGUUUCUUCAGGAUGAGAAUAACCCUAGCUGUCUUGAAUGUAGUCAGUACAUGACUAGAUGCUGUGGAGUGACUAAUGAUAGAAGAGAUGAAGGGGAGGAGGUCUUGUGAGAUGGACUGGUGAAUUGUGGAAGGGAUGGGAUCCAGUGGGCAUUUGGUGGAAAUAUAGGACUAGAUAAUCUGCAGGAUUUCUUAUGUUGAUAAAGGAGAAAAAUGUGUCAAAGAAGAUGGAGGGGUAAUCCUGAAUGGGUAGGGUAGGAAUAGGGGUAGUAAUGAAGGUCUGGCAGAUUUUUCCAAUCUUCUUGUUAACAAAAGUGGCAAAGUCAUCAGCUGACUACAUGCUCAAAUGACUACAUGCUCUUGUACUCAAGAGGAUCUCCCUUAAGGAUGAGCAUGUAUGGCUGUGGCAGCAAAGAGAAUUUCUACUGCUACACCAAAUUUUCUGUGAUGUUGGCCUGAUGUUCCAUGGUGCUGCACAGGGUAUCAACCAUCUUGCUUAGUACUCCAGUACUCCAUUACUUCUUGCUUAGUAUGCUCAGCAGCCUCUUGCAUCUGUCUUUCAACAUUAACAACAAAAACCUUAUAUGAACAGGCUUUUGGGUCAAACCAACGGUACUGGUCUUUAUUAAAAUCCUCCUCAGAUGUCAAGCCCUUAAUAGAAUGAUUAAUAUCACAAAACCAGUAUACAAAUUUUAUCUUUGUGUACAUAUUGUGAGUUUUCAUCCAGCAUUGUGAACAUUAGCAUCACCAAUCAUAAUCUACUCUAUAUCUUUACUCUUGUUUGUCAACUGAGCAAGCUUAGCUCUCCUUGACUGCAUGAAACUUUGCAAUCAACAGCUUUCGCAGUCAUUUUCAGUUGCCUCUUGAUAGCUUGUCAACAAUGUAGGGUACAUUUUGUUUUUUGAAAAAAUAUUAGCACACUGAUAGCAAACAGCUUUUACCAAAGUUGAUAUUCAUGACAUUUAAGUUACACACCACAGACUUGAGUUCUUUCUGAAAACUGAGAUUCAUGAACUAAAUAUUAAUAAUAACAAUCUAAAUAUUAUCUGGAUUCAGCCUUAUCGGCAAGGAGCAUAUGUUGUGUUCGAGGCGAAGUUGCAAGUUGUAAUUCCCUGUCUACAAUUGGUAAAAACCACCGAAAACACUCACUCAAUGUGAAAUUUCAACUUGUCCACUUAGGGUAGUCUUCUCAACUACCAGUUCCUUCCCUGUUUAUGGAGUUACAUGAAAUCAAUAUGGCCAAACACUGAACAGUGUAAUCCCUGUUUUGAAUAUGUAAUUAUAACAAACUUCAAAGUCGGGCAAAGAGGAGGCGGGAACUGGCUGAACAUAAAUAUAAUGUUUAGUCAUAAACAAAACAUAAAACACAACAGACCAACAUAAGUCAAAAAUAAAGUGCACAUGUCUCUCUCUCUCUCUGUCUCUCUCUCUCUCUCUCUCUGGUGUUUCCAGCUGCUCCUUUAUUGCUCACUCCCACUGAUUACCCAGAUGAGGAUGGGUUCCCUUCUGAGUCGGGUUCCUCUCAAGGUUUCUUCCUCUUAAAACAUCUUAGGGAGUUUUUCCUUGCCACCGUCGCCACUCAGUGGCUUGCUCAGUUGGGAUAAAUUCACACCUUUAAUAUCUGUAUACCGUGUUGAUAUUUCUGUAAAGCUGCUUUGAGACAAUGUCUAUUGUAAAAAGCGCUAUACAAAUAAAAUUGAAUUGAAUUGAAUUGAAUUAGACAACCCUUUGAGGAGGACGGUACUGUCCUUACGGCUACGGCCUUCAGCCGGCCAGCCCUGCAUCCUGGAGUCGAUGGAAGAGUGGAGAGAGAGAAGGAGUGAGUAGGAUAGACAGCAAGAGGGAGAGACAGAAGAGAGAGAAAAAACACUGGUUCUUUGGUCCUCAGACACGCUGUCAUCUGGUCCUCAGCCAGCUGGGAAGUGAUCCCCCACGACACUGGGCGAUGGCACUGGACUUCCUGGCGGACAGCUACAGCUCCUCCCCUUUUCAGGCAAAUGAAAGCUGCAGCUCUGCCUCCCUGGCGGACGGCAGCAGGUCCUCCUUUCCGUGGUGGAUGACAACUGCUUGUCCCCUUUCAGGAGGACGACAGCGGUUCCUUUGCCUCCCGGCGGAUGGCAGCAUCUCCUCCAUCCUCCCCGGCAACCACUUCAGCACCACCGCCUUCUUGAGGCCUCAAUCCUCACACAGUGGCAAGGGCUCUCCGACAGCACAUCCCUCCUCCUUUGCGGGCUUCGGCACCACUGUAACAAACUUCAAAGUUGGGCAAGGUGGAGGCGGGAACCAGCUGAACAUAAACAAACAUGAAUUUUAUUCAUAAACAAAACAUAAAUCACAACAGACCAAAGUAAGUCAAACAUAAAGUGCACAUGCGUGUGUGUGUGUGUCUCUCUCUCUCUGGCGCUUCUAGCCACUCCUUUAUUGCUCCUUCCCACUGAUUAUAAGACUCAGUGCCAGGCGUGUGUCCUCACAGCCUGGGCCUUCCUUCCUCCUCAUCACAGUAAUCAUCAAUGUUAUCACUAACGUUAGGUGGCUAGCUUAUUGCUAAGCUACUCACUAUUGUCCGUUGUUGUUGCUGUCCUGUAAUGCCAGUCCAAAAUGUUUGGAGCACUAUAGUAGAACAGUACCAAAAGCCACUCAGGCCUGUAAAUGUAAAGGUGUAGUUAUAACUGUAAGGUAGGUUUUUAUGAGCUUUAUAUGCUCUGAGAGAGCAAGCAAAAGACAUGCUUUUUUAGAGGCAUCUUUCCACAUUUCAAAUGCCCAGAGGUGGGAAUUGAUAGUAUUUCAACUUACAAAUUGCCACUUACAAGGCACCACAAACACAGCAACAGUUUCUUGACUAAAUGUGGUCUGCACAUUACAGUGGUGUUGGGGUUCUUGACUAGUACUUUAGUUUUAACGGAUCAUUGAUUUAGUUCCUUUGCAUGUAUUCAAACAAAAUGCCUCUUGCCAUCUUACGACCAUUGAAAAUGAAUGAGAAAAUAUCUUUUUACGAAUUUAUGUUCAGUGUGCAUUUACUGUAACUCAUAACCUUAACCACUGAGCUGUAACUGCCCCUAUACUUAACACCCUGAAUAACAGCAGGGCUAUGUCUGUGGUAGUUUGUAUAAACUGUUAUAAUUUGUUUUGAAAUUGUGCCGACUAUUCAGAAUGUAUAUUGUGGGGUGUGUGCAUGUGAGAGAACAAGAGAGAUGGAAGAAGAAUGCAUAAAGUGUAGUUUUACUGCACAUGGCUGCUCUUUGGCCUGCUGGUUUCCCCGUUAGCCAGCACUGUAAGAGUGAUAUCCUACUGUUCUAUUUAUAGCAGCACACAGAGUUUGCAACUUGAUCUGGAAGCCUGAUAGCCCCAGUAUGUUUUUCCAGCACACAAACUCAAAACCAUUUAGGCCCCUCAUUGUUCAUUUUCAUUCCAGCCACAUUUGGUAACUAACUUAUUUAAGCUUGCAGUAUUACAGCAAUCAGCCAUAACUUUAAAACCAUCUGCCUAAUAUUGUGUCCUCUAUGUCCUGUAUGUUUUGAGGUGGGCAUCCAUGGAUUGGACUUUGUUUGUUCAACACAUCCCACAGAUGCUCGAUCACACAGAUUCACACAGAUGUACAGAUGCCCACAAAUUUUUUCCUAUAGUGCAUCCUGGUGUCAUCUCUUCCCCAUUUAAGCACACACACCUGGCCAUCCACAUGAUGUCAAGGAAAACGGGAUUCAUCAGACCAGGCCAUCUUCUUCCAUGGUUGACCCUGUUGCUGCUUCACCGGUUGUCCUUCCUUGGACCACCUUUGAUCAAUGUGUGUUCAGUGAUGAGACCUGAAGCCAAAAUGUCCCAGUGCUGCAGCCCUUUAUUAAAGUGAGUGCAAGACACACUAAUAGACAGACACGACUUAUUUCUGUAACACCAUCCCCUUGAAUUUCUCUACAUCAUCAGAUAAUCAAAUGCACCCUGAAAAUAAUCUGACCAAUCAUGGGAAGCAAGUGACCAGUGGUGCCCAGUCACACAUCCCUAGUGUGAAUCAGCAGGAACAGCAAGGAUCUGCAAGCAACCUACGGUCUAAGGGCACUGGGCCAGGGAACCAUGGAGUGAAAACCAGUCAGAUAUCUCCUGUGCUGAAAAGUGUGAGUGGGAUGAUGAAGACCAAAUCCAAAAGGGAGAGAAGUAUCUCUGUGGAUGCCGGAGAACAAAAAGACACACUUGCACCAGUGCUGGAGUCAGAUUCCAAAGUAGAUGGCACAAUACGCAGAAAGCGCCGGUGUGUGCUGGAGAAGAAGCAGCCUUAUAGUGGAGAUGAGUGGUGCUCAGGUGCUGAGACUGAGGAAGAGGAGGAGAAACCCUCCACCACUGCACACAAGGAACAUGUGAUGUCAUGUCCUGGCCAGUCUCUCUCAGGCGCAGUUGAGUCAGUAAGUGGGCCUGGUUUAGGAUGUGGCCUUGGUCCAGGUCUACGUUCUGACCAGCCAUCUCACAUCUCCCAGCAAUUAGUGUAUGUCUUCACCACUAGCCUAGCCAACAGUGCUGCAGACGCAGUGAUGCAUGGCCAUACAGAUUCCAUCCUUCUGUUUCACCAGCAAAACAUUCCUCGUACCAAAUUGGACCAGCAGUGCACUGGUAUUGGAAAGCUCCCCAGCCUAUCAGAGCAGCUCAGCUCUAGCAGCACCCCUCCCAUGAGCACCCCCAAAUCUCAAAGUGGUACACCUCGUCCAGCUUCUGUUGGUGGAGUUAUUGGGGGUCAUCUCACAGGUGGCAAUACUCCUUCCACAGUUCAGCCAGACAGCGAGGUAACCCAUGUCCAUCUGGGGAACACACCCAGUCACAAUAACUGUGCAGCAUCUCAUCCAUUAGGACCUGGAGGCUCAGGGCCCCAGCGAGUGGGGGCCCCGGGUUGUGGAGUAGAUGGGUCAGGCAUUAUAAAUCACCCUGGUACAAGUGUCUCUCCCAGUGCCAAUCCAUCAGUGUUGUCUGUGCACCUUCAGGGUGAGUCCAGCCAGCAGGGAGGACAAGGGAGUAUCGAAGGACUGUCUAAAGAGCAACUAGAGCAUCGUGAGCGUUCUUUGCAGACACUUAGGGACAUUGAGAAGCUGCUUCUGCGCAGUGGGGCUGGUGCUGGCCAUGGAGACCCAGGAGGCUCAAAUAGCAAUCCCAACAAUGGGUCAAUUAGCAACAACAAUACUGAUGGAUACCAAGGGCUUGAGGAUGAAGAAAAUAAUAGUGGGAGGGCUGGCAGCAGCUGUCUUUCUGAGGGUGUUCCCCCUAUCCGUGGAAUAAAAAAGCACGAGACUCUACAAUCUAUAAUUUCACAAACACAGAACCUCAGUGGGCCUUGUUUGGAUGACACUUCGAUAGUAAGGCACCAUACCUUGCUCCCUCAUCACCACCUGUCAUCACCUUCAGGACUAGACAUGGGGCCUGUACUAGGUCCUGAAGGACUAACACCAGAACAAAUAGCUUGGAGGAAGCUGCAGGAGGAAUACUAUCAGGAGAAGAGGCGGCAACAAGAGAUGAAUCCUCACACACACACCCAGCAUUUCCGCAUGAUGUCUGAGAUGGGAAUGCCAGGGGGGCCACACCUCAUGAUGAGAGGUCCCCCACCUCCAUAUCAUAGCAAACCUGGAGACCAGCAGUGGGGACCAGGGCCUAUAAUUGGAGGAGGGAUGGGAGGAAAUUUAAGGAUGAUGGACAUGCAUCAGGAGGGGCCCCGAGGGCCCAGGUUUCCUGGACAGAUGCAGCGAGGACCCCCAGGUGGUGGUGGAUACCCAGGAAGCCCAGGUGGAGUUUUAUCCAUGGAAGGGAUAGGGUCUCAAAGAUCUCCCAGGCCAGGAAUGGGUUGGCUGGAUGACAUGGCACCGAAUAUGGCUGGAGUAGGUUCAUUUCAUGGGUGCUAUGCUUCAGGAGGACCUGGUGGACCCUCUCAGCAAAUGCACAGUGGUAUGGACCGUCCCUUAACACGGGAGGAGAUGUUUCACAUUAUGGAGAAACGUCAGCUACAAGGUCUCCGCAGGUUAGAUCUGGAGCAGUUAUCAAGGCUGCAGCAACAGGGUGGACUUGGAGGCCCCAGAAUGAUGGACAACCCCAGUGGACCAGGCUUUCCUAAUCCUGGCAUGGGAGGAGGUCCUCCUUCACGCAGUGAUCCAAUGGAAUUCCCCAAUUCUCGCACUAUGAUUGGCUCUCCCAUUGGUGGUGGGGGUGGCACUUUAAUGAGAGAUAUGGUUGACUCUCCAUUAGGGGGAAACCUAAAUAUAAACAUGAACAUGAACUUGAACCUGCAUCAGCAGCAACAUAUAUUAGCCCAGAAAUUAAGAGAAGGGCCUGGGUCAGAGAUGGCAAGCCUUGAGGACAACACCCGUAUUAGGGCUGCACCAAAUGGCCGGGUUGAUGCUAACAAAGUAAUGGUCCAUGGACCAGAUGUAACUCUUCAGUUCCCCAAUCAGGGCCCUUUUCCAGGUGGACAAGGAGAUGGGCCCUACCUCCAUCAAUCAGGUCCUGAGAUGUUUAGAUCCGAUCAGCAGGGUACUCCUCAAAUUGGUGAAAACUCAAGGCUUAGCCAUAUGCCUAUGAACACUGGUCAUAAAGCAGACCAUGGGCCAUGUCAUCCAUCUGACCUUCCCAUUAAUGUCAACUCAAUUGGUUCCCCAGUCAUGCCCCCACCUCACCAGCUGAAGUCACCUCCCCUUAGCCAAGAACCUUCUCCCCUCAUGACCUCUCCCUCUGCUACAGGCCUGAAAUCCCCCAACCAGCUAGCAUCCACUGGUCCACCACACCCUCCUCUUUCUUCAGUGUCUGGAGCAGGAACACCUUCUGCCACCUCCAUGAAGUCCCCUCAAAUAAUGGGAUCAUCCCUUGGACUCCGGUCACCAUCUGGUUCCCCUGGACAUCACAAAUCUCCAGCCAUGCCUGUUGCAUCUCCAAGGUGGACUGCCUCACCCAAGACUUCCCUGGCCAGCCCUGGAGGGACAUCUAAUAAUAAGGGAAUAGGUAAUGGAGGGAGCAGUUCAACUGAGACAGGUAUAUCCCUUCCUCCCAGGAGUUCGACCUCAACACCCAGCAGUCAAACUCCCAACAUGCCAUUCACCUCUUCCCCAGACGCACCUCCCUCCCAGAAUCCACUGUCACUUAUAAUGUCUCAGAUGUCCAAGUAUGCAAUGCCCACUUCCAUUCCACUCUAUCAUGAUGCCAUCAAGACAAUAGCCACUUCUGAUGAUGAGAUGCCAACAGAUCGAUUGCUCCUUCCUGGAGCCAACAUUCAAGGAAAUAUGGCUAAUCACCACUCCACGCAGAUGCUCCUGUCUUCUCAAGGUUCAAUGGGACCUCACAGUAGCCCUCAAAGCCCCACUGGAAUGGCCCUUUCAGGAAAUCAGCAGUUAUCUCUUGACCCCUCUGGACCUUUGCUGCCUUCACCUAACCCCAUUGCCAUGCCAGUAAUGAUGGGGGGUGGAGGGGGCCAUCCAGAUGGGAUUGUACCUUGUAACAUGUCCCCAAUGCAUCCUCCAAGUCAGAUGGGUGUAUUCUCGCGUAUGCAGGCCCCCCUGCACUCUCCAGUUGGAGGUAUGGGGCAGCAGUAUCCCCAUCCUUCGGAUGAUAUUCUCCCUUCCCAGCAAAUGCACCAUCUUAGCAAGGGUAUAUCCAAUCAGCGCCAGCCUCACCCACCUGACUCUUUCCUAUCCAUGCCCAUAGGAGAGGGCCCGGACUUGAGUGAGGUGAUUAGGCCCACACACACAGGCAUCCCAGAAUUUGACCUGUCUCGAAUCAUUCCUGCCGACAAGCCCAGCAGUACCCUGCAGUACUUCCCCAAGAGUGAGGCAAUGUCACAGCUGCAGCAGACCCCUCACCAAGGGCAUCUACCUCAUCAGGCUCCUUCAGCACAACUCCUAAAGCAGCUUUCUUCAUCUGGUCCCCUUCAGAGCAACACACCCUCCUCCAACCCUCACAUUGCUAAUCUGCAGAACAUGAUGGCUGAGCAGCAGCCUCCCCUGCAUCCGUCACACUGUGGCUUACGCCCUGGCAUAGGGAUGACCCAGGGAGGACCCAGAAGUAUGGGCCCAGGUGGAGGUGGUGUGAUGGGGCCUGGGCCAAUAUGCCAUCCAGGUCAUCUGAUAGGUAGGACAGGUAUGCAUCAGCAACAGCAGCAACAUCACCACCAGCAGCAGGCCAUGAUGGCUAACAGCCUCUUACAUCACCAGCCCCAUAUAUCACAGGGCACGAUGACCCCACAGCAACAUCCACACAAUCUUAUAGCUCAGCAGAACAUGAUGAUGCAAGCUAAGCAGAGGGGUAUUCCAAUUCCUGGGGAGCACCUUGGCCAGCAAGGGGUUGUCUUGUCCCCUCAGGGGCCCAUGAUGGGACCCCCACACCCACAGUCAGCCAUGAUAGGAUCCCAUGGAAUCAGACAGAGGGGCUUGUCAUUGGAUAGUCCACUGGGCUAUGGACCUGGAAGCAUGGCAAACAUGCCUUUCUGAACAUUUUUCAGUAAAUCUAUUAAAAAAAAAAAAAUUAAUAAUAAUAAUAAUAAAAUUACUUUUCCCCUUAUGGGUUACUUCAAACCCUGACAUGCUUUUUUCAGUGUUUAUUGAUUGUGGCAAUCAGAUGCUAAUAUUAUUUGUAAUAAUGUCUUAAUUAAAACAGCCAAAUAGUGGAAAAUUGCAGUUAAGCAACAAAUUCUGAAGCCAUUUUUAAAUGUCUGUAAAGUAUUGUACAUUUGACAGAUAAAUGUGUUCAUUACUGUGAGCAAGAAAAAAAACUCACAAAUUAGUUUCUAAUUGUUUUCUCUGGCUACCGAACUGUUGUGCAAGAAAGUAUAUAAAUAUGUUAUAUAUAAUUAUUAACUAUCUGUAUAAUUGCUGUAAAUAAGAUGCAAUUUGCUCGUUUACAAAUUUUAUGUAUAACUGUGUUUAAUAGAAGUCUAAAGGCAAACAAUAAGGAAACAAACUGUGUUUUUUUUUUUUUUUUUUGAUGAUUGGGAAAGUGUUGGGGGAUCCGUGAAAAAAAAAGAGACGCAGACACAAUCAGGCAA